AUGAGCAGUGACAGUGAAGACGAGGAGGCUGCUAGAGACGUCCGGGGCAACCUCCUGUUCAGCGGAAACCGGGCGCGACUAGAGUACAAGCUGGGGUCCAUCUCUUGUUCCGAAACAGGAGAAACUUCAGCCAUUAUCGGCAUUGCGGAGCUUGGGGGAAGGCUGAUUGUGGGAGUUCCUUGGGCGGCCUGGCAUAAGAAAGUUGCAAAGCGCAAGCUCGAGAAAGGUGCCCUGGGCAAAGCCAUCCUAGUCGACGUGGUUGGGGCCUAUCCUGCUGAUCUUGGUGAGCCCGCAGAAGAGCUGGUUGUUCGGCUAUGGGUAGGAGUUCUUGCCAUGCAGGCGGAGGCGAGCGUGAGCUACCAGCAGGGUGUGGAGCACACCUACAGCUUCGGGGCAGAUGCCCUGCCGUACGGGGAGGCUCUUGUGAAGGUCGCCGACGAGCACUUCGCCUUCACCACGGCAGAGUCUGGUGGAGGGGGCGAGGGCAUGUUCCGUCGUAUGUCCCAGGUCGAGGCGGGCCUGGCCGAGAUGAAGAACCUCUUGCAGGACCUGGUUGCUCAAAAGUCGAGCGAGGCUUCAAAACCGCCGCUGCUGAAGCCGAGGACCAAAAGCAAAGCUGGAAAGAGCAGGGGAGAAGAGCUUGGUUUGCAAGGACUAGAUCCCAGCACAGUUGGCGCUGCCCGUGCGGCUGGCAUAAGCGACGAAGCCCUGAAGGAGAUGGGGAAGUUGGUCAGGGCCAAGAAGACUCGCGCCACCGAGGCCGCAGUCAGCUUAGUCGACCCGCUCGCCGAGUUGGAGGCCGGCUCGGACGGCGACGACGGUGCUGGGUUGGGCUUGGACGAGUUGGAUGGCGUCCUGGAUGGAGCGGAGACGGAGGAGCCCAACAGGAUGGAGAAGGCCAUCUUGCAGCUCACCCGCAUCGUGGGCACAUUGGUGACAAAGAAGAAUCCGGACCUGGACACCGUGCUAGACCAUGGCAGCUUGGGCAGCAGUUCAGAGUCUGGAGGUCUGGGCGCAGGAAAGAGAAGUACUGCGGCCCUCCGCUUUCUGAGCCGAGCUCUGGAGGAGCAGCCGAAGGUCAUCUACGAUGCAGUGGAGGCCCAGCUUCAGAAAGACUUGGGAGGCCUCGCUACUGGAGACUCGAUGGUGAAGACGAUCUCAUCAACGGCGACGCAGACCGCGCGCGCGCGGGCGGCGCUCCUCAUUGCCGCCUCGGAUCAAUCCUCCAUAGAUGGGGGCAGUUGGGUAAUGAGCUCCGUGUCAUUGUUGGAGGCGAUGCCACCUUUCCAGGAAUUUGCAAAACAUUCCUUGCCAGGGCCUGCGGAAAACCAGACAAGCUCCCUUUACGACCCGCGAUGGAGCGAGGUCUUCCUGAGCGCCCUUCGCGAGCGGGACGCUUGCAACGAUGCCAGACGGAAACUUGCUCAGUUGGAGAAAGGAGGCCGACCAACGAAGCCAGACGACAAGGACCUGCCCUGGAGACCUCCGAAAGGAGGGAAGGCUGUCGCGGAGGUGGGCGCGGAUCUCCAGGCCGACCUGAAGACGGCGCCAGUCCUCACCGGCAUGUGCCUGGAACGUGUGCGAGACCAGUUGACCCGCUGGGUGUCUUUCGUGACUUGGUGGGUAGAGUUUUCCAGCAAUCCUUGGACGAUUGCUCCAGCAGAACUUAAGCAGCUGAUCGUAAAUGUGCAAGUCAUCCUGCUGAACUACCUAGACCUGGGUCGUCCCCGCGUAGCCCCCGCGUCGUGUCUUGGUCCUAGGCCUUUGAGCGCAGCUCAGUCCGAGAUUGUGGCCCGACUGGAAUCCUUCCUAGAUGCUUGGUUCACGCUCGGCACGCUGGGGCCAGAAGACAUGGGGCGAACAGCAGGAAAGAUCGAGGACCUUGAAGCCGUCCUCAGCAAGCUUGCGACUUUGGUUGACGGCGCAAGCCCUGACUGCGCCAAGACCGGGACCCUUGGGCAUCUGAAAGGAGCAAAAGUGUCGAGCUUCAAGCCGGUGGAAGCAGGGAGGUUGAAGUUCCGAGGCCUCCCAAACUUUGACCCCAGGCCAUAUCUCGACCCAUUGUCCCUCUACAUCUAUGAGCAUCCUAUGGCAUCUUCCAUGGACCCAGGGGAGUUUGAAGGAGUUGUCCCGAAAGUUCGAGUACAUUGCAGCAGGACCGAGAAGAUUAAGCUGUUCGACCUCUUGGACCAGAGCAAGCGGAUCAGGCUGUUUGAGCCAAGCCAAGUGCGCGAAGGGUUUGGUUCUGGAGUUUUCGCCGUGCUGAAGUCCUUGGAGUUGGAUAGACUCAUUUUGGACUCACGUCCUCACAAUGUACUAGAGACGACACCGAACAGGUACAUCUACACCUUGGGUUCUAGCGAAGUACUUGCGCAACUCCACCUGAGUGAGGGCGAAAACUUGUAUCUGUCAUCAAAUGACAUACGCGAUUUUUACCACUUGUUCAAGGUCAGCCAGGAGAGGGCUCGACGCAACAUUCUUGUUGGCACAGUGGCCCCGAGCGAGGUGUCACAUUUGUCGUGUUUCGAGAACCAUCUCUUCCGGCACCCCAGACUCUGCGUCGGCCUUGCCUGUCUUGCUAUGGGAGACACGCAGGCCGUGGAACUGGCGCAGACCUGCCACUUAGGUCUGUGUCUCCAAAACUCGAUCAUCUCGGCCGAGACCCUGCUGGCAAUGAGUUUGCCGCCUCCUAGGAGCAAAGUGGGAUGCGGACUUGUGAUUGACGAUUUCGUUUCUUAUGCAAUUGAGAGUAGAUGUCCGAAAGAAGUGUUGGCAUCACCUACCAGGGCAGCGGUGUUGGCCGAUGAAGCUCAUGCUGCCUACACACGUGUCCAGCUCAUUCCCCAUGAAGACAAAGCUGUGAGAGAUUCUCUGAGGUGCGAGAUGUGGGGUGUUCUCAUCGAGGGCGACGUGGGCUUUGUCAGAGGCUCACUUAGACGCGCUGCUCCUCUGUGCACCAUCAUUCUCACCAUCUUAAAAAUCGGUGCCGCUACGACAGGUCUUCUGGAAAUCGUGGCUGGAGGCCUUAUCGCUCUUUUCAUAUUGAGACGACGCCUUAUGUCGCUUUUGCAUGAGAUCUUCGCUGCUAUGCGGGGCCGUGAGCAGGAUGAAGCCUUUUGGCUGAGCAAUAAGCUAAAGGAGGAACUCACCAUGCUGGUCGGUCUUGUGCCCACUGCAGUGGUUGAGCUCAGGACGGCGUAUUCCGAAAAGGCGUACAUGGUUGAUGCUUCGAAUUGGGGUGAGGCUGUGACAUCGUGCCAGAUUGGGUGCUUGUUUUCCAAAGAACUUUGCAGGCAUUCGCUCCGGAAAGGAAUCUGGACGCAUCUUCUCAGCCCAGCUCGCGCUCGUGAACGUGGGCACGGGACUUUAGACCCUGCUUUUGAAGUGCCUGGAGGUGAGGCGGACUGCUUCAGAGCUCAUCCAAUUUGGACCACUCUAGCCAAGGCUGGGCGCUUCAAACUAGAGUACUCCAAGGCUGCCCGUUCCCGGCGCCACAUCAACAUCGGAGAGCUCCGCUCAUACUUAAAGGCUGAACGGCUCGCUAAAGUACCUGGUAAAGCGACAAGAGCAUGUGUGGGAGGCGACUCCCAAGUCACCUUGGGGGCAGUCCUCAAGGGCAGGUCAGCCAGUGCUGCCCUCAACCAAGAGAUGCAGAAGUCGCUACCGCACGUUAUAGGCUCAGGGCUCUAUUCUUUCAGCAUGUACUGCCCGACAUCCAUCAAUCCUGCUGACGGGCCAACGCGAGGUCGUGAUGUUCCUUCUCCACUUGAAGAACUUCCGGACUGGUGGGAGUCGGCGUUGACUGGGAAAUUCGAGGGCAUGGCUGCUGAACGUGAAGUCCAAAUGCAACUCGGAAAGAAGUACCUGACGAAGCUCAAACAGAUCAGGACUGGCAGGCAAGAGUGCCAGGCGCCGGAACUAGAGCCACCGUCUCAAAACACGGAUUUCAUGUGCAAGUUGCUGAAUGCUAAAGGGCAGCUUGUGCUACCUGCCGGUCGCGUAAAGGGAGAUUGCGUCGGACGGCCAGGAUACUUAGAUCUGUUCUCAGGCACCGGUGGAGUCGCUCGAGAACUGGCCAGACUCUCUGGCCGGUGGGUUUUGAGCUACGAGAUCAAGAAUGGCUUAGACCAGGACCUGCUAGAUAAACUUGUGCAAAAGGAAAUCUUUGGCCUUUUGGAUGCAGGAGCCUUCGUUGGGAUUGGGGCAGCGCCUUCUUGCGCUUCUAUGUCCCGGGCUGUCGCUCCUGCUGUCAGGACUCAUGCGUUCCCGGAAGGUCUCCCUCACUUAACCCCGGCCCAAGACAAGAAGGUUAAGGAGGGAAACGAGUUCGCAAGGUUCGUGGGCAAGUUGGGGAUUCAUGCUCAGCGUCUAGCAAUUCCCUUCUGGAUUGAAAAUCCGAGCUGCUCCUUCCUGUGGAUGCAACCAGAGAUGAUCACUGUGCAGGGCUUGCCGUUUCGCUUCAGAAGGAUGCCAAGGCGCCUCACUGCUGCUGAACGCGCUUCUCAGAGGAGCGGCAUCUUCUUGGCAGGCGUGCCACUGGUAGGUGCCAAGACUGAGAAGCUGGAGAAAAGAUUGUGGGAAGGUUUUCUCGAGUGGAUCGCCGAGGACUGUAAGCCAGAUAUGGUCAAGUUAGUCAAGUUGCUCACCUCCUCCGCUUCUACAACCUCCACGUUGCUCCAAUUGUACGGUGAGUACCUUUUCGAGGUCGGUGCGCCGCUCAGCUCCUUUAGACACUUAGUCACUUUUGCUCAAAGGCUGUAUCCCGAUUUCAAACUGCACUCCAAGCCCUGUUGGGAUCACGUAACAAAAUGGGAGAUAGUGGAACCUUUGGUGCACAGAGUUCCUCUACCUGAGCGGCUCUGUGAAGCUAUGGCUGCAGUGGCGUUUGCGUGGAAGUGGCCUCGUUUUGGGCUUGUCCUCCUCAUCGCGUUUUAUGGGAUCCUUCGAAUAGGCGAAGUUGUCUCUGCUUUCCGAAGUUCUUUGGUGCUUCCUUCAGAUCUUUUGUCAGACAAGCUGGAUAAGUUGUUUCUGCGUAUUCUUCAACCAAAAACUGCGCGAAGAGGAGGAGGCAGACAGCAACACGUGACCAUUGUUCAUGGACCAUUGGUUCGAGCAUGUGAAGCAAUUUUCAAAGGUGCAAAAAGUUCAGAGCCCUUGUUUCCUUUGUCAGCCCAGACAUUCAGAAGACGGUGGGACCAGGUCCUGGAAGCACUACACGUUCCUCGUUCAGCUGCUUUGACUCCAGCUAGUGUUCGAGAAGGCGGGGCCGUGGCUUCGUAUCAAUCUGGCACUCCAGUUCAUAACUUGGUCUGGCAAAUGCGUGUCAAGCACGUUCACACGUUACAACAUUACCUCCAAGAAAUGGCAGCUGAGAACGUUCUUGGGCAUCUUCCUUCUGAUUCGAAAUCAGCUGCAGUCUCCGACUACGCGGUCCUGGAGUUUGCGGCUUCCGACGUGCUCUUCGGUUACCCGUUUUUCUGCUUCGUCGGCUACACGAAUCCGCUUUUCGCCUCCGAGACCUUCGAGCUUCCCAGUGCCGCAGCCGAAUACCGGCCGUGCAAAACUUUUCAGUGGGCAGUCUCCGACUACGCGGUCCUGGAGUUUGCGGCUUCCGACGUGCUCUUCGGUUACCCGUUUUUCUGCUUCGUCGGCUACACGAAUCCGCUUUUCGCCUCCGAGACCUUCGAGCUUCCCAGUGCCGCAGCCGAAUACCGGCCGUGCAAAACUUUUCAGUGGGCCAUUAGCGCCUGCGCGGAGGGAUUGGCAUGGUACUGGUCCCUGCAGCUUUUCGAAGACUUCCAGGAGGGUGGUGGCCUGGCCAACACCGUGCUCUACAACGCCGCCAUCAGCGCCUGCGCCCGUGCACGGCACUGGCAAGGUGCAUUGGUGCUAUUGUUCGACCUCCGCCGCGUGGCCCUGGAGACCAACGAGGUGACCUACAGCACCGCGAUCUCUGCGUGUACGGACCCGGGUUUAUGGCUUUGGGCCCUCCGCCUCUUCGAGGACAGCCGAGGUGUGGCGGCUGGCCCCAACACUGUGGUGUACACCGCCACCAUCGCGGCCUGCGCGCAGCAGUCCUACUGGCGCCACUCCCUGGCACUGGCCUCCGACAUGUUUUUGGAUGGUGUGCCGAUGGACACCAGCUCAUACAACUCCGUCAUCACUGCUUUCACCGCAGGCGAGCAGUGGCAACGCGCACUGGAGCUCUUUAGGGAGUUGCCAACGGGGCAGGCAGAUGGCGUGUCCUACGGAGCGGCCGUCAAAGCUUGCGAGAGUGGCCAGCGCUGGGAGUGGGCCCUCGGCUUGUUGGAAGAGAUGGAAGCGAGGUCCUUCCAGCUGGAUCUCAUCGCCUGCAGCAGUGCUCUAAGCGCCUGUGAGAAAGGGGCGCAAUGGGAGUGGUCUCUGCACCUCUUGUCGGCGAUGUCGCAGAGGCAGCUGACACGGGAUGUGGUCGCCUACUCUGCAGCCAUCAGCGCAUGCGAGAAGAACAGCCGCUGGCAGGAGGGGCUGCAGCUGCUGUCCGAUUUCCAGCACAGCUUCGGAGAGGCAGACCGAAUCACCUACAACGCGGUCAUUAGUGCCUGCUGCAAGGGCUUCGUGACAACCGGGGCCCUUCGCCUAUUGGAGGAGAUGGACCACAUCGGUGCGAGGCCAGAUGGUGUCACGUUCGACGUCUCGAUCCGCGCUCUGGCAAGUCUGGCUCAGUGGCAGAAUGCUCUUGCGCUCUUCGAGGACAUGGUCAGCAGGGGCAUCCCGGCCGAUGCCAUCGCACUCAGCGCGGGCAUUGCAGCGUGUGAGAACGCUGCGAGGCAGCCGCCCGGAAUGCUACCGUUCCAACCGGAACAUACCAUGGUGUCGUCCCUGCUCUGCUUGCUGACGCUCUUGCCCCUGGGCUCGGCAAGCUUCCCUUCUUGCAAUGGGACCGCCAGCCCUGACACACCUGCCAGCGGAAACUCCACUACGGACGUUCCUGUGGAGGUGAAUGUCCAGGGCCAGAGUGGCAAGUUCACAAUCGUUCCCAAGGGUUCCUCCGGGAACUCGGUUGGCAUCAGGGUGACCAUGGACGCACUCCGGGAGGUGGACGCCGCUGGCAGCGCGGUGGGCCAGACGGGUAGCGUGAAGCACUCCGUGAACACCUUUGCCGCGCAGGACUUCACUGUGGGCAGCGUGGAGCAGGUGACCGUGGGUUCUGUGAGUGCCGCGAAGAUCUCGUUUGAGUCUACCAUCUCCAGCAUCGGCAAGCUCGGCGUGGACACUUACCUCAUGGCGGGCGAUGGCGAUGUUGGUAUGAACAACGACUCGUGGUCCGUUGAUAUUGGGGACUUGAAGUGGAACAUCCGGCUCUGGGAUUGGACCUGGUGCGGAGACUCAGGCGCUACCUGCAAAAGUGGCGACGUAGGGGAUGCCAUCGAGCUGGACAUCACCGUGCAGAACAUGGGUGGUGGGUCGGCCAGCAAGAAGGCUGGUAGCAACAAGACGGUCUCGCUGGGUGGCUCGGCCGAGUUGCAGCUAUCAACGGCUGUACAAACAGACUGCGCCUGGGUGGAGAUGGCCGAUGGCUACCCGAUGGUCACCACGCAGGGUAGCGGUACCACCAUCACCUUCCGCUUUCCGCGCUUCAGCUCCUCCUCGCUGUAUGACCCAGUGAUCUCCGGCUCCUGCGGCGAGCUGGGCCUCGAUUGCGGGGGUGGCUCCAGCACCACCGGAGGGAGCAACUCGGUGAGCUCCACAACUGCGGGUGCAGGAGUGACUUUGGCAACAGCCCUAGCCAUCACUGUUUCUGCAUACUUCGCCUGA